CGAGCGGCGCCGGGCCGCGAGUCUCUGCUCGCUCCGGGCACCCGCAACAAGUGGCCGCCGCGCCCUCCCCGGGGAAGCCGCGGGUGCGCAGGAGCGCCCGGAGGAAGCGGCGGAGCCCGGGAGCCCCGGCCGCCCGCGCGGCUCAGCGUCCACCGCUGGGGGAUCGGGGCGGGCGGAUGGGGACCCGGCGGCGGCGGCGCGGCGAGCCUCUGGGCGGCCCCGGGGCGCGGGCUCUCCGCGGCGCUGCGCCCGCCGGCCCCGAACGCGGAUUCUAAGGGCGGCGGCCGCCCCCCGGCCCCACCCGGCGCAGUCGGGGGUGCCAGGAGGGGACGGAGCGCCCCCUCCCACCGGAGUGCGGGGGCCGCCCCCGUCCGGAGGUCGGCCCCGGAGCGUGGGGUAUGCGCAGCUAAAGGUCCCGUCGGGCGGGCUUUCCUCUGGCGGAGCGCGCAGGCGGUGCGCCCCACCUAUGGAGUGUCCAGGGAGACGGCGGGCAUGACGGCGGCAGGAUGGGCGCGAACAAUGGCAAACAGUACGGCAGUGAGGAAACCCAGCUGUGAAGCACCAUCUGUCAGCAGCGGCAGCGGCAUCGGUCUCAGUGUCAGCUGACGUCUGUGUUAACUCUGGAGGACUUGCCUGAAGGCCCUUUCAGGCAAAGGCAGCUCAAGCAUCUCAUCCGACGUGAGUUCAAGUACAGAUCACACGCCGACCCAAGCCCAGAAGAAUGUGGCUACCAGUGAAGACUCCGACCUGAGCAUGCGCACACUGAGCACGCCCAGCCCAGCCCUGAUAUGUCCACCCAACCUGCCGGGAUUUCAGAAUGGAAGGGGCUCGUCCACCUCCUCGUCCUCCAUCACCGGGGAGACGGUGGCCAUGGUCCACUCCCCGCCCCCGACCCGCCUCACCCACCCGCUCAUCCGGCUCGCCUCCCGGCCCCAGAAGGAGCAGGCCAGCAUGGAACGGCUCCCGGACCACGCCAUGGUGCAGAUCUUCUCCUUCCUGCCCACCAACCAGCUGUGCCGCUGCGCCCGCGUGUGCCGCCGCUGGUACAACCUGGCCUGGGACCCGCGCCUCUGGAGGACUAUCCGCCUGACGGGCGAGACCAUCAACGUGGACCGCGCCCUCAAGGUGCUGACCCGCAGGCUCUGUCAGGACACACCCAACGUCUGUCUCAUGCUGGAAACCGUAAGUGUCAGCGGCUGCAGGCGGCUCACGGACCGAGGUCUUUACACCAUUGCCCAGUGCUGCCCGGAGCUCCGGCGGCUGGAAGUCUCGGGCUGCUACAAUAUCUCCAACGAGGCAGUCUUCGAUGUGGUGUCCCUCUGUCCCAAUCUGGAGCACCUGGAUGUGUCAGGCUGCUCCAAAGUGACCUGCAUCAGCUUGACCCGGGAGGCCUCCAUUAAACUGUCCCCCUUGCACGGCAAACAGAUCUCCAUCCGCUACCUGGACAUGACGGACUGCUUCGUGCUGGAGGACGAAGGCCUGCACACCAUCGCGGCGCACUGCACGCAGCUGACCCACCUGUACCUGCGCCGCUGCGUCCGUCUCACGGACGAGGGCCUCCGCUACCUGAUGAUCUACUGCGCCUCCAUCAAGGAGCUGAGCGUCAGCGACUGCCGCUUCGUCAGCGACUUCGGCCUGCGAGAGAUCGCCAAGCUGGAGUCCCGCCUGCGGUACCUCAGCAUCGCCCACUGCGGCCGCGUCACCGACGUGGGCAUCCGCUACGUGGCCAAGUACUGCGGCAAGCUGCGCUACCUCAACGCGAGGGGCUGCGAGGGCAUCACGGACCACGGCGUGGAGUACCUCGCCAAGAACUGCGCGAAACUCAAGUCUCUGGACAUCGGCAAAUGCCCUCUGGUCUCCGACACGGGCCUGGAGUGCCUGGCCCUGAACUGCUUCAAUCUCAAGCGGCUCAGCCUCAAGUCCUGCGAGAGCAUCACGGGCCAGGGCUUGCAGAUCGUGGCGGCCAACUGCUUCGACCUGCAGAUGCUGAACGUGCAGGACUGCGAGGUGUCCGUGGAGGCCCUGCGCUUCGUGAAACGCCACUGCAAGCGCUGCGUCAUCGAGCACACCAACCCUGCCUUCUUCUGAAGGGACAGCUUCCAGCCGUCGCUGUUUUCAUACAGACAUGAACAAAACAAAAUGUUUUUUCAAAGCAGCAUAUGUAAGCGCCGACACCCACCCGUAACAGCUCUUUCUUCCAGGAAGGUUCUUAGGAAUCUGGCUUUUCUUUUUCCUAAUUUCUCAUGGGCAACAGAGGUCCAGGAAAGG